AUGACUACCACUAUGCACACUUUACUCUCUCAAUUCAAAGAAAACCCGGUCAAUUGGGCAUUGGCAGCAGUCCUUGCGUAUGUUGUACGUUCAUUUGCGCACAGUAGCAAGCCAGCCGCUAUUCCUGCAAAGCACCCCGAUGUGAUUGUGUUCAAGAACUAUACCCCCAAGGAACUUGAGCCAUUCAAUGGCACCAAUGAUACACGUGUGUUGAUGGGCGUCAAUGGCAGCGUUUAUGAUGUCACUCGUGGACGUAACUUUUAUGGACCAGGUGGCCCUUAUGCCAAUUUUGCAGGACAUGAUGCGUCUCGCGGUUUGGCCAAGAAUUCAUUUGACUUGGAAAUGAUCACCGAUCCUUCUCAACCUAUCGACAAGCUUGAAGAUUUAACGCCUGAAGAAUGGGAUUCGUUGCGAGAAUGGGAACAGCAUUUUGCUUCAAAGUACCUCUUGGUCGGCAAACUUGUAGAAAACGAGUAA